GUGACGUUUGGAGCGUAUGGUUAAUAGUAAGGAACUACCUACCUCAUAGUUAUUUGUCCAUUUUAUUAGUGUUUAGCGUUAUUGUUGACAAAGACAGCAGCGGCAAGACUGCUGAUUGGUUCUCUCAGUCGUAAUGUCCAAGCCCAGCCUUCGCGUCCUGUAUGGGAGCCAGACCGGCACGGCCCAGGACACGGCCCAGAGGAUAGCGCGGCAGGCGAGGAGGAAGCAGCUGCAGGUCCAAGUGCUGCCUCUGGAUUCUUACUCAGUGGCCAACUUGAUCUCAGAGUCUUUGGUUGUUUUUGUGUGCUCCACCACUGGCCAGGGGGACCCUCCAGACAAUAUGAAGAACUUCUGGAGGUUUGUCUUUAAGAAGUCUUUGCCUGUUGGCUCUCUGAGUCGGCUGGACUGUGCCAUCCUGGGCCUCGGGGACUCCUCCUAUCCAAAGUUUAAUUAUGUGGCUAAGAAGCUUCAUAAGCGCCUUCUGCAGCUAGGUGCCAGCAUGCUGUUGCCUGUUGGGCUGGCAGAUGACCAGCAUGACCUGGGGUCAGAUGCUGUGAUUGACCCGUGGCUCUCAUCAUUUUGGGAGAAAGUGUUUGCUCUCUAUCCAUCUUUGGCUGACGUGAUUCCACUGAGGGAGGAUGAACAGCUCCCUCCAACAUACACUUUCCACUUCCUGGAUAAUGUGAAAGAGACGGCAGACGACAGGCUGAGUGUCCCCACUGCCCCCUCCCAGUCGCAUCCCUUUCCUGCCAGACUACUGUCUAAUAGGAGAGUAACGGACAGGUCACACUUUCAGGACGUGAGGCACAUUGAGUUUGAUAUCACUGGAUCCAACAUUGAAUUUGCCGCUGGUGACGUGGUGAUGAUGUAUCCUUGUAAUGCACCAGAGGACAUACAGCAGUUCUGUCAGCUGCUGAGAUUAGAUCCAGAGGCCAGGUUCACUCUCAGGGCCACAGACAACACUGCAGUUCCAGCCAGACUUCCUCAGCCCUGCACUGUGCGCUUCCUGGUGGAGAGCUACCUGGAUAUAUCCGCUGUGCCUCGCCGCUCCUUCUUUGAGCUGCUGUGUACCUUUGCCACUAAUGAGCUGGAGAGGGAGAAGCUGGUUGAGUUCAGCUCAGCGGCAGGCCAGGAUGAGCUGCACAGCUACUGCAACCGGCCCAGACGCACAGCGCUGGAGGUCUUGGCAGAUUUCCCCCACACUACAGCAGAACUCAAAGUGGACUAUCUCCUGGACCUAUUCCCUGAGAUCCAGCCUCGCUCAUUCUCCAUCGCCUCCUCUCUCCAGGCUCACCCACACAGGCUUCAGAUCCUGAUAGCUGUGGUUCAUUACAAAACCAAGCUGUAUAAACCACGAAGAGGCCUCUGCUCCACUUGGUUAGCCUCCCUAGACCCUACACAAGGAGAGGUGUAUGUGCCCCUGUGGGUGAAAAAGGGAACUCUGAAGUUCCCUGAAGACAAGGACACCCCUGUGAUAAUGGUUGGGCCCGGAACAGGAGUGGCCCCCUUCAGGUCGGCUUUACAAGAGAGGAUUGUUGAGGGAAAAACUGCCAACAUCUUGUUCUUCGGCUGUCGCUCUGAGUGCAGAGACUUCUACUUCAGUUCAGAGUGGGAGGAGAUGACGAAGGCUGGACACCUGACCCUCUUCACUGCCUUCUCACGAGACCAGGAGGAAAAGGUGUAUGUGCAGCACCGUGUGAGGGAGAACCCUAAGCUCCUGUGGGACCUGAUUACCAAUAAAAAUGCUUGCUUCUACAUUGCUGGAAAUGCUAAACAGAUGCCAGCCAGUGUGUGUGACGCUCUGAAAGAAGUGUUCCAGGAGGAGGGGGGCGUGUCCGCUGAGGAUGCCGAGCAGAUGCUGGUCGCCAUGGAGAGAUCAGGCAGACUCCAGAGUGAGACUUGGUCCUGAUCGACGACCUCACCCCAACGCUCCUCAGAGUUCAUAUUAAGCUUCUGCUGCCAUGUUGACUGAUACAGUCGCUGCUGUGGAAUCAAUGUGGAUUCAGUCAUCAUCAAAGCUCAAAGGUCUACUUACUAGUUUUAUGGAGCUUUCACCUACAUCUCAGUCUUUAUUCAGUGAAUUAAGCAGGCUCAGCUGUCCAUACUCAGGUCAGCAGUGGUUGUAUAGAGGUGCUGUGAGGAACAUCACUGCCUCUAAUGCAGCUUUCAGACCCACUUUAGCCAGGCUUGAAAAAAUGCAGAUGCUAUGGCCUUGUUGGUAACUACUUUAUAACAUGAAUUGUAGUAUUUAAAUUUCUUUAUGAUGAAAGAUAAAAUAGUUGUGGCCUUGAAAUCUUUGUGAUAAUGCUGAUUGAUUAUGCUGUGCAGUAUUUUGGCAGCCUUAAACUACUUUCAUCUGGUACUCCAACUGGACUUCCCAAACUGUAUUUCUUCAUGUCUCACUGGUACCUGAAACACCAGUACAGCCCUCCACUUUGUUUUAACGCAGGGCUGUUUUCAGUCCGGAUCCCCGCUUACAGUUUUUGGACUGACCAGCAGAAAACACGCUCUUCUCUGUCCCUCUGUUCCUGCUGUGACUGCUGAGGUAGCUAGUGUCAAUCAAGACAAUCAGACAGUAUUCCCCCUGUAUCAGACAUGCUGCAAGUUGUGUGACAAAAACUGCACAGAUAGAAGUGCCCAGAGGUAGAAUUUGAUGGUCAUAGGUCGAAGGUCACUGUGACCUCACACAAUACAAUCAGAACAACAUUUCACACAAAUGUCCCACAAGAUAAAAUGAUGCAGUGAUAUUUUAUAUACAAAAGGUCAAAGGUCAGCUUCACUGUGACAUCAUAGAAACACGUUUCUGUCCAUUAUUCAACAGCAUAACUGAGGAACAGAAGGCAGGUUGGACCAUAUCUCACGUUUGGUCAGACACUGAAUUGAUGGCACUAAUCUUGGGCCCUGACUGACUGUAUAGAUCUUAUGUGCUGCCGGGUUGAAGAUGUGUGUGAAACAUUCACGUUUUACACUUUGUAGCUUAACUAACCAUGUUGGACAAAGUGCAUCAAGAGUGAACUCCUGGGGUUCACCUGAAUCUAUCAGCACUUAAUGACACAGUAGAAGACUUGAGGUGUGUGCCUGCCAGUAAGAGAGGCAGAAAACUAUCAAUCGCAAAUAUUUAUCGCAUAUAUAUAUUAUUCAUUUCAUUACUUGUUUACCAGGUAGCCAACAUUAUAUUCAGCUGUCACCAAAUUGUGCUGAGGUUGCAUUCAUUGCCUCCACCUCCCAGUAAGGCACUCAGCGCUAGAUGGGAAAGCCACCAGAGAUUGUAAUUCCUGUCUGUGUUGAAGAAAGGAUCAGACUCCAGCAGUCGGUGGAGUCUAUACACCACCUAUUAUCACAUCACCAGAUGAUAAGUGAACCAGCUGGGAUUAGUUUGUUGCAUACACAUAGCAGUGUUCACGAUACAUAACAAAUUGAACUGUAUUAAUUAAAAGUAGUGGAGUGGGUGGAUCCUAACUUGAUCUGUUUUAGUUCUAGUUUACUGAAAAAGGCCAGAAAUCUGAUCAGGACUGAUCAUUAUGCCAAUUUUAUGCUUAGCUAUGUUAGUAUUCAUUUUUAUUUAUAUGGCUGGUGAAUCCGUCUUGGACAUGAAAACUGAAUAAUGCAUUUUUAUUGUGAUUUUUGCAUUAUCUGAAGGAUCACGUUUGACUCUGUAAGUGCUUGUUUGUAAUGUCACUGCACAUGAAUUGAAUAUUCAGAGAUGCCUUCUUUAGAUAUUAACAGCAAAACCAGCUGUACUUAUUGAAAUCAUUCUACUCCUGUGUAGCAGCAGUACUGCUGUGGUUUAGGGCUGCAACCAGUCAUUAUUUUCUUGAUGAUUCCAUUAGACAUUUUGUCUCAAAACCCACUUUAAGGCAUUCUCUCCUGGAAGGCAUUCUUAGUGUUGCAAUCAGUUGUUCAUAUUAAAGCGGACAGAAAGUGUGUUGUCACACAGAGAAGUUCAAACCCUGGCUACUUUGUCACCGCCUCACAGCGUGAAGUGGGUGUGCAUGUUGAAUUGUUGGUGGUCUAUUAAAAGAAGCAUCACUCUGUAACACCUCUAUGCAACCACAAGUGUUUCUGUAGGUCCAAAACAGAAACAUGUCUCCUCUGUUUCCUCUGCUUCAUGUCAGUUUCAGAAGUCACGUUCUAACAGUUAAACUUUCAUCCAUAUCCUGUCAACAACUUACACUUAUCAACUUCAUAUUUUUGAACUGCACCUCCAGUAUUUGGAUCAAAUAACUUGUGAAAAAUAAAAUAAAUUUAGUAGGCUUCAGCAGUAAUUCCAAUGUGUCAGAUGCAUUUAAUCAACAUUCAUGUUCAUAAUACAUUAUUAUCUCAUCAGACUCUGUAUAAUCAGACAAC